UCCGUUCUCGCCCUGCAGCCGUCGCGACCUUAGCCCGCGUGUGCCGCCUGGUCGGUGGUGGCGUGGCCGCUAGGGGGCAGCACUGGAGCAGCCAUGGAAGGGGGUGCGCUGAAUAACGGCGUGUCCGCCAACGGGCCCCCGGGCGGCGUCGUGGUGGGCCAGGGCGGCUCGUCGGCCAAGGCUUACGACUACCUACUCAAGUUCCUGCUCGUCGGCGACAGCGACGUCGGCAAGGGCGAGAUCCUCGGAGGGCUCGAGGACGGCGCCCUCGAGUCGCCCUUCAGUGCCCCUGGUGGCUUUGCCUCGUACCGCACGACGACUGUGCUGCUGGACGGCAAGCGAGUGCGGCUGCACCUGUGGGACACGUCGGGGCAGGGUCGCUUCUCAACGAUAAUCCGGUCGUACUCGCGGGGGGCCCAGGGGAUCCUCCUGGUGUACGACAUCACGAACCGGUGGUCCUUCGACGGCCUGGGACGCUGGCUCCAGGAGGUGGAACGCCAUGCACCCGGAGUUUCUAAGGUGUUGCUGGGAAACCGGCUGCACCUUGCCUUCAAUCGUGAAGUAGGCCGCCAGGAGGCCGCCGAGUAUGCGCACAAGCAUGGCAUGGCCUUCUUUGAGGUGAGCCCACUGUGCGACUUCAAUGUGACGGAGUCCUUUGUGGAGCUGUCCCGUAUGGCGCUGCGCCGGAAUGGCAUGAAGCACCUCUGGCGCUCAAACCGAGUGCUGUCCCUGCAGGAGCUGUGCUGCCGUUCCAUUGUGAGUUGCACGAGCUCGCACCGCAUCGAGCAGCUGCCACUGCCCACCCCCCUCAAGUCGUGCCUCAAGUCGUACUUCAUGAGCUCGUCGCUGGCGGACGGGUCCUCUUCCCGGCCGGGCCUCCCACUCGCACCCUCGCACCCGGUGGGGGUCCGUGGUGCAGAGCUCAGGCUGGUCGGGCGCAACAAGCACCACCGACGGCACUCGGCCGUGGCAGCGCUCCACUGCCGCAAGAGCUGCUGCAUCUCGUAGCGGAGGCCACGUGAAUUGAGGACUACGUGACUAGCAUCAUAAGAAGAUGAACUGUUUACAGCACCACAGUCAUUGUGUUGACCUUCGAUGCGUGAACUCUUGUGACAAGUGCAUUUGCAGAAACACGGACAUUGUGCAUACACAGUGCUAGCCAAUUCGAGUGCUCGGAUGGCGAUGCAUCCGCAGCUCUCGUGGAUAGGCUAACCACAGAGCGCACCUCGUCUUCAUCACUUCUGGUUGUCAAGUCUCAACGUGCCUGCUUUGAGAAGAAGCGCUGUACGUAGUGUAAAUAGUUAGUGUAGUUAACAGUGGCACAUGUGCUGUGCUGUGUUUGUGUGUUGUGUCGCAAGUGAACGUAGAUUUAACAUAGGCUGGAUGUGUAGCCGUCAUUUCAAAUCGCUGCUCAGCCACACUCGUAGCGAAGUCAGCAUGACUUAUCACGGAGUGUGUGUAUGUUAUAACAGUGGUCGCGUUCUGUCUCCAAGCUUCAGCCAACUAUUGGUCUUCAUAUUUGGUACAAUUUUCUUUUUCUUUGUUUUCUCUAAUUGUAGUCAAGAAAUAUGAGCUUAUUUGAAGAUCUAAGUGAGCAGAAUAUAAAAAUUAUAGGCUUAAUAAUAAGUACAAGCCACUGUACAUAAGAUGUGCUAAUGGCACGGACCUGCUAUUCUUUCUUUUUUUUUUUUAAAUACUGAAGAUGAAAGUAACAGUGACAUUCUUAUUUUUGGGAAGUGGUAUUGCUGAGAAAAUUCACAAAUUGGUGUGUCUUAUUUAUUCAUACACUUUUAUUUCGAGUUCAGUCUGUUACCUCGGUACGAGGACAGCUUGUAAAUCUCCGGAGUGACUUGAGAUGUGUGAUGUUCGCCACAAUGUUUAUUAUCAUAUUGACUGGUCGCAACUAAUUAAGAAUCCAUCGUCUUUUAAUCAAGCACAAUUUUUUAACAUUUCGUUUUUCUACGCUGCUGAAAGCCCGAACAUUGCAUCAAGAAUGGGGGCUUUCUGGGACUAGUCAUGCUUUUCCCAGAGUGGGUAUUCUUUUUUUCUUUUUCUCAAACAUAGCAUUUCAUACUGAGACAAACUAACACGCUUGCUGAAAAUGUUGAGGCCACAUUAUCUGAGGGAACUCGAUGCUCAUUAAUAAUAUUCGAGGGGACUGUAGUACUAGCCAGUAGCGGAUAUACCUCUGAUGCUUGCUUAACAUUUGUUUUUUAAGACAUUUUGCAGUCUAUGAGCGAGAGCGUAGCGUGUCAUUUGACACUGCUCCGAUUAUUUGAGAGAAUAUAACAAAGCUAGAUAACACUGUAACGAGGGAUACGGUGCGAGAUGCCCAAUGUGCUGCAAGUCAUGCUGUACUUGGUUAUUGCUGUGCAGCUUAUUUGGUGUACCGAAGGAAGUGCACUUUUGUCUGCCAUAUAACGAUGAUGACAACGUGGAAAUGUAGUCAGGUGUUUAGUUGUGUUGUGAUAUGUCAAAAUUAAUGUUGUAAUAAUAUGUGGAUAUGUCUUGUGUGUUAGAGGUGCCUAGACAAAUGUGCCCUGGUUACAUCCUUUGUGUCAUAAUGUGAAAUUGUAUAUAAGAGAUUUGUCCUUGGUGCAUGUGCUAUCCAACUGUGGCUUGGCUGACCUUGGUACUGUUGCAGUGACCAGAGAGCUGUGCAAAACAUGCAAGACAGGAAUAAAACGGAUAAUUUGCCUUGUGCAUAG